GUCUUUUCCUAAAUUCUCUUUACACCAUUAAGGAUAUCCCACGUUCCCUAUCCUUUUUUAUUUUAUUUUAUUUUCCAAUCAUUGAAACCGCAACCUAUCAAAAAUCAUAUCCAGCUAUCAGCAUGGUCCUCAAUUGUUGAUGCUGGCAUAUCAUGAAUGAUGAUGCAGGCUACUUACCCGGCGAUCUUCUAAUUGACAUCACCGGGCAGACACGAACACACACGACGCGCCACAAUACAACUUAUAACAUCGUCACUUUCACGCACUCCCACCCUCCCACAUUCUCGAUACCCAAACCUAAGUCUUUGUUCUUUUAACUUGGAUCAUAUCAAGUACUAGCGAUAUCGAUUGAACUAUUCAUGCUCUAUCAAGGCACUGCAUCUCAACCUUUUCGACUUGUACAAAAGCUUGGGCCUGGUUAGGUCUACCUGAAUAAAUCGCAAUGGCGACGGCUCAGCUUUCCGUUCAAGACCAGAUCCGCCAGCUUGAAGGUGCCCGGAAACUUGUUCUAGGUAAUGCGAAUUAUUACACCCAAGUCAUUCAAGCUACACUCCCCAUCAUAGGACCUUCGGCGCAAGUGGAAUUCCGACGAUGGGGCGCUGAAUUCCUUGCCGAAGCAUUUGCGACGCCCGCUAUCGCACCUGGCCAGAAGGAGACUCUAUCUCUAGUAGUACUGGAAACACUUAAGUUGCUUGUGGAAGACGUCAACCAGGAUAUCAUAGUUCUGAGAGGCGUCAUUCAGGCGGCGGCUAGUAUAUACCCGUUGGCCUUACGAUGGAUUAUUAAUAACUCCUACGACACGCAUACAUGGGAACGAAUGACUGCUAUCAAGAGCAGGAUACUACGAAUAUGGGACACGGCCCCGUUGACCAUCCGAAUUUGCUGUAUCAAGUUCGCUCAACGGGUCGUACUUGCGCAAACGCAGAGCAUAAACCCAGAACCAAGACGUGGUGAUCUCCUUGAUAUAUCGCUUGUCAUGAUUCCCCCAAGCCACCCCAUUCUUGAUGCUCCCAAACUCGAAGCCGAAGCAUCAGGACUCCUAGACAGAAUGCUUGGCAUUUUGCAGGACAAUAGCUGCGACGCACUGAUUGUAGAUGCGACGUUGAACACAUUGUCUAUCCUCGUCCGAAACAGACCAGCUACGUCAAAUAGGAUCGUGAACACCGUUCUUAACUUCAACCCGCUGAAGCUUGCGAACUCGCCUAUGACUCCCAAGACAAAAGUUCUUGUAAAAUCGAUGGAGAAGACAACGCGCAUGUUGCUCAUGCAUCUGUCCAGACGGAACCCGCAGAACCCGCUAGUCGGCCGUAUGCAACAAUAUAUAGAACGUCUUAUGCGCUCUCGAGCCGAGAUAUUUGAUGAAGGUGGUCGUAAAAGAGCAUUGGCAGAGCAGGCCAACGGGGUAGAGGCCAAGCGUCAACGAACGGGAACUGCACCACCCCAUCCGCAACUGGAAAUCACCCCACUAAAGCCGGGCCCUCAUACCCUCGCAGAAGUCUUCACCUUCACUAAUAACGAUGGUCUAAAGCACUUCGACGUCAGUAACAAUGUUCCGGCACCCAUUGCCGCCAGAAUCAGUGUUACUACCAUCGCCCGUAUAGAUCCCCAGCUCCUAGAUCGUGCUAUUCAGGGUGUACGUGAUCGCUUAACAACGCUAUACGAAGCCCAACCACAGCCAGUCAACCCCGAGACAGCACCACUUGAUGUUGAGGAAGACGAGGACGACUAUGAGCCUGAUUUCUAUACGGCAGAAGACACGGAACAGAUUCUAAACAAACUUGAUUCUUCGCCUGCGGAUGAGCGUCAUGAGCUAGAGAAGCCGACAUUGGGUGGUCUUGCGUUACCUUCUUUCCGAUUACCCCCGCCGCCAACAUUAAAUCCUGAGCAAGCUACCAAAGUGGGGCAAGGUUCAGUCACAAGAGUGUUUGGUACGAUGAGAACCCUCGAGGAUCCUGCCAUCAAGAAGGCCAAGGCUGGCAUCAACAGGCUUGCAGCCAGCUCAUACGACCGAGACUCUUGGGUCACAGUAAUAACCCGCUUGGCAACCAGGGCCAAUGCGGGACUUGAUAUCCCGGAGGAAGACGAAGACACCAAAGGAGUUCUCUCAACCACCCGCCUAAGCGAUGCUAUUCGGGAGCAGCUCUUCAAUUAUGUUCUCGAAGACUUCCGAAAGCGUAUCGAGGUGGCCGUCUCCUGGUUAAGCGAGGAGUGGUACAAUGAUAAUGUUCAACAGCGGUCCGUGUCAUCUUCGCCUGUUCCUAGCGAUAUCCCCAUUCACUAUGAGAAAUGGACACUACGCCUUCUGGACGGAUUCAUUCCUUAUCUCCAUUCCCAGGACAAGGUGCUCACACGAUUCCUAAGCGAGCUGCCCGAACUCAACCUAGCCAUCUUUUCACGAGUUAAGACGUUAUGUCGAGAUCCAAGCUUGGUAAACCUUACUCUUACGACCCUAUACUACCUAGUGAUGAUGCGCCCGCCCGUAAGAGAUCUGGCACUAGAUGCUAUUCAGGACAUCUGGACAGACUAUGAAGACGCAAGACCUAUAGCUGCCAAAUACUUGCAAAGAUGGCGGCCCAGCUUCGUAGAAGCAGCACAGCAAACCUUGCCCGGGAGUGAAGGGGUUGUUGGUACCAGCGUCGCCGCAGUUGUUACGUGAUACCCACUUAAUUACGAUUGCGUUGAGCCUUUGGGGGUUAAUUAUAAAGGAGGCCGUCUCUUAGCUUAUACCUAGUAGAUGUGGUGAUUCUCAGAGGCAUAAAGGCCUAAAUGAUAUACCACGAUAUUGGCGGAUGGAAGAACAGGUAGGGUGUCUGGAAAACGUAAAGCAUUACUAGGGAUUAAACAGAGCAGCGGCGGCCCUGCUAAGGCAGAUUUACAGAGAUAAAGGGGUCGUUACGGAACUCGAUUCCCAGAGGUGAAUCAAUGAUAAAAUACAGGAAUACAUCAGACAUAUGUAUAA